AGGAAAAAAAGAAAAAACUCAGAAAACGUAAUCCAGUUAAAAACGUAAUCCCUCGAGCGGCUCUUUCCGUCGUGAUUCCGUUGGACGAAAUGAAGAUUUCGGGUGUAAUCAGCGACGUUUCCGUCGUGAUUCCGUCAGCUGGCGGCCUCCGGUCGCCUGAAGUGAGACACUGUCAUGCGCCUAUCGAUUCGAAGAAUUCCAUUUCCGCCGGAUUCUUUAGAGGGUGUUCGUCGUUUUACAUACCGAAGUAUGGUUCUGGUGUGGAUAAAUUUCGAUUAAGGGGCUUAAGUAUAAGAGCUUCAGAGGAUUCUCAAAACGUGUUUCCAGUUUCACCUGUUCAAUUUGAAUCCCCAGUUGGCCAGUUAUUGGCUCAGAUAUUGCUAUCACAUCCUCAUUUACUUCCUGCAACUGUUGACCAGCAACUGGAUAACCUUCAAACUGAGAGAGAUUUGCAGACAGAAGAGGCUUCUUCCUCGUCUCAAGAUCCUCUCUACAAGAGGAUAGCUGAAGUGAGAGAGAAAGAAAGGCGAAAGGCAUUGGAAGAGAUAUUAUACUGCUUGAUUGUUGGAAAGUUUCUGGAGAAUGAAAUUUCAAUGAUCCCCAAGAUCUCAGAAACCUCAGAUCCUACUGGCCGAGUUGAUUUUUGGCCAAACCAAGAGCAGAAACUAGAAUCUAUUCACUCUCCUGAAGCAUUUGAAAUGAUACAAAGUCACUUAUCUCUUGUCCUUGGAGAUCGAUUUGUCGGUCCCCUUACUUCCAUUGUUGAAAUGAGUAAAAUAAAACUUGGCAAGCUUUAUGCGGCUUCUAUAAUGUAUGGAUACUUUCUCAAAAGAGUUGAUCAACGUUUCCAACUUGAAAGGACCAUGAAAACUCUUCCUGAAGCAUUUACAAAAGACUUUGACGAGCCGAUACCUGCGAAUCAACUCUGGGAUCCUGAUUCCUUGAUCAGGCUUCCCCUUGAUGAUGAGGGGGUAGGUGACAGUGGGGGAUUUUAUGAUACAGAUGCAAGCAGAUCAUACAGAUUGCGAUCCUACGUGAUGUAUUUGGAUUCUGAAACACUUCAAAGAUAUGCAACAUUGAGAUCCAAAGAAGCCAUAUCUUUGAUCGAAAAGCAGACGCAGGCAUUGUUUGGAAAGCCAGACAUUAGGAUAGCUGACGAUGGUUCGAUCGACACAUUCAAUGAUGAAGUGAUCACUAUUACUUUCUCUGGGCUGACAAUGCUAGCAUUGGAAGCAGUUGCAUUCGGAUCGUUCCUCUGGGAUGCAGAAAGCUACGUCGAAUCGAAAUACCACUUUGUCAAGAGCUGAAAGGAGUUUCAUAUUUAAUAUGUUGAUGCUUUUGAUGGUGUUUAGACUAUUGCAUUUUUUGAAAGAUAGUUUGCUGAAUAUGGCAGAAGCUUAUGCUCGAGCGAGGACCACAGCGGGUUAUUCAGCAACGGCACGAGAAGAAAGGGGCUGUAGUUUUUUUUAAUUUAAUUAUCAAAGAUGUAUAUAGUGUGCCAAUGGAAUUGGACAAAGAUUAUAACUUCUGUAAAUCAAAUUAGGAACUGAAUUUAUACUAGAAGUCACAUUGUUUGUAGUGGUCUCAUUCGAUGAU